UAUCCUUAGGGCGAUUAGGGUACAGCUACACGACUACAUGUUUUUAGGAGAAGCCAUUUUUUUCGAAAUUUUUUGGUGGUGUCGGGAAUGGCCGUGUGGUAACCAAACUGGAGGGGCCCUUCCGCUCUGCGUUAACGUUAAGGCUGCAAGAAAUCCAUCGCCGCGGGCUUCUUGGUCCCGUUUUCGGAGGGAAAACGUGGCCCAAUGCGUUGCUUAAGAUGGAUUUCCCUUAGUUCUCAUAGCAGAGGCCUUGCGCUUUCGAAAUCUCCUGCGUCCGUAUCUAGAAAUGUUGGCUUACGGAUGUGCCUUAAAUGCUAGUCAUGAUUGCCAUGCACUAAUUUACAACUACAAAACUAAGUUAAAGUGUAGUUGUGCAUUUCUUACAAAACUCAACGCACUUCUUCUACUUGGGUAUUUAUUUGUUCUUAUUUGUCAUUUAGUUGUACCUACCAGCCGUUGCAUCCGAUUAAUAUACAUAGUGAAUAAUGAAAAUUAUAAGUACUGACUUUGAAACGUCCUAGGUAAAUCUCAUUCUAAUAAAUGACCACCUCCUCUAACUACCAAUCCGAUAGUGCAGAUUCGCUAUCUCCUCUCAAUACAAGUAGCAAAGACCUCUAUUAACUUAUACAAGCUACCACUCUUAAUAUCGUCCAAUAGUGAACGUGAAGAUUGGCUACCUCUAACAACUCUCAAAGGAGUUUGAAAGCAACGGUGUAGCGCCACUGAGACCAAUAUACUUCUACCAUCACCCAUGGGACGAAAAUGCCUGCAGUGACUCAAGUGAUGGCGGCGACACUAGAAGCACGACUACAACCUUUGUUACGGCAACGAGGGAAAGAGCAUUCCUGACUAGAGGCCUACUGCAUGGAUAGCUCUGCGAAUGUGAUUAUUAGGUGCUAUAAUUUUCCUAGUAAAUUAGUGGGGUGAAGAAACACCAGUCUGUCAGAAGUAACUUGGUAAGUUUUUUUCCUAAUUUGAAAAGUUAAAGUACUCUGUCCAGCAAGCCAAAGGGUCACUGCAUGUUUCACUAGUUACCAAGGGUCAUUAUAUUUAUGCACUACUAGUGUCCAGUGCCAAAGGAUGCAGGUGUCAGUCUAACUUUUUGACGAGCUGAGCAGGCGGACAAGGACAAGGACCACGACAGCUACGAGAAAUGACCCACAAGAACAAACACAAUGAGAUGAACGAGUAAGUACACACUUAAGUAGUAUACAGUGAAUGGGAAAGACCGAAUCGAGAAGGAGGCCAAAUACAACGCGGAAGACAGUGAGAACAUACGCAAUGAAGACAAAUACUACAACGAGAAGUAUGCGGCUUUACAAAGCGGGCUCAUUUUUCCUGGAGCUGGGGUUGAGUCUCUUGGCAUUGGUGUUGAUGAGAUUCCCACUUUUGGACGUCUCGGCAGUGCGAUUUCUUUUGGGGUUCCCGUUGCCCCUUUCGGCCCUUUUUUUUGAUUUAGCAAGACCUAAUCUUGUUGGAAAUCGAAAAAAAAAGUCUCUGUCUUGCUGGAAAAAAUCGACUACGGACAGACUGGUGAUG